AUGUCUGAUCCAGCUCCUAUCUUUAACAAUGGAUAUGUCGACUACUAUGACUAUAGCUUCAACUACGCCAAUUCCCUCUCACACAUCUACGACUCUCAUGGUAGCUUCUAUUACCCUCAUAAUACCAUAAACCCAAUCAUCAAGGCAGAAAACCCUAAUACUACUUUACCCGACUCUCCUCUACUCAGAGAAGCACUUCCUCUCCUUAGCUUAAGCCCCAUUCAUAAGCAUCAAGAACCUAUUGUUCAGCCUCAUGAAUACCAUUUCAUGGAGACUACCGAAACUUCUUCUAAUUCAAACUGUCUUGAUCAUGAUGAUCUUGAUCAAUGGCAAGAAACUUAUCAUCAUGAUGUAACCGUGGAUCUUCAUCUAGGGUUACCAGACCUCGGUGGCGAUGUUAUUGCCUACGGUGGUGGUGGGAGCAGCAGCAGCGAUAUGCACAUGUGGGGACAUGGCUCACAAUACAGAAAAGGACCGGAGUCACUAAGAGGGACACAACCAACGGCGAUGCUGAGGCUGCCUUGCUACUGCUGCGCACCGGGCUGCAAGAACAACAUAGACCACCCGAGGGCAAGGCCGCUCAAGGACUUCCGUACGCUUCAGACACAUUACAAGCGGAAACACGGUGCGAGGCCUUUUGCUUGUCGUAGAUGUGGAAAGGCUUUUGCGGUCAAAGGAGACUGGAGGACGCACGAGAAGAACUGUGGGAAGCUUUGGUAUUGCUCAUGUGGCUCGGAUUUCAAGCACAAGAGGUCGCUUAAGGACCACGUCAGGGCCUUUGGCAAUGGUCAUGUCCCUUGUUUUGGCAUUGAUUUCUUCGGCGAUCAUGAGGACGAGGAGGCUGCUUCCGAUGUCGAACAGCAAGAGUGA